AUGUAUUGUAAAAGUAGAAAAUAAGAAUUUAAAUAAUUAUAAAUAUUAUUCAUUUAUUAGAAUAUUUAAACAUAAAGUGGUGGUGGAUCGUAUGACGAAGCAGGAAAUUAGAAAAAGAUUGGAAAGUGGGUAGAAUUGGAUGAAGAGUUUAAUUAUAAUAAAUAAGUCACUUAUAAUGGCAAAUAUAAAAGGAAUGGAUUGAAGGUAGAUAGAUAGGAUACCUCGUUUAUGUGUCAGUAUUCUAAGAACUUUGUAUAAAUGCAAAUAUUAUAGAAGAAAAAUAUAUAGUGGUGGGGGAUGGAUCAUAUGAUUAAGAAGGAAAUGAGAAAAAGAUUGGACGAUGGGUAGAUUUGGAUAACGAGUUUCAUUCUUCAAAAAGACUCAUUCAUAAUGGUAAAUUUAAUAAGGACGGUAUGCAAACAAUGA